GGAGGCGUCUCUAUGAUGAUGUGGGCGGGCCUGGCGGAAAAAUGGCGGCCGGAGGGAUCGCGGCCGAGCUCCCGGGUGCGGGAUCUUCGCGGCCCUCCGUGUGUCUUUUGGUUUUGGGAAUGGCAGGAUCCGGGAAAACCACUUUUGUACAGAGACUCACAGGACACCUGCAUACCCACAGCUCUCCACCUUAUGUUAUCAACCUGGACCCAGCUGUACAUGAAGUUCCCUUUCCUGCCAAUAUUGAUAUUCGUGACACUGUGAAGUAUAAAGAAGUCAUGAAACAAUAUGGACUUGGGCCCAACGGUGGCAUCGUGACCUCGCUCAAUCUCUUUGCUACCAGAUUUGAUCAGGUGAUGAAAUUUGUUGAGAAAGCCCAGAACACUUCUAAAUAUGUCUUGAUUGACACGCCCGGACAGAUUGAAGUAUUCACCUGGUCAGCUUCUGGGACAAUCAUCACCGAGGCUCUGGCAUCGUCAUUUCCAACAGUAGUCAUCUACGUGAUGGACACAUCGCGAAGUACUAACCCAGUGACCUUCAUGUCCAAUAUGCUGUAUGCCUGCAGCAUCCUGUACAAAACCAAGCUGCCUUUCAUUGUAGCCAUGAACAAAACAGACAUCAUCGAUCACAGCUUUGCAGUGGAAUGGAUGCAGGAUUUUGAGGCUUUCCAGGAUGCCUUGAAUCAGGAGACUACAUACGUUAGUAACCUCACGCGUUCCAUGAGCCUGGUGUUGGAUGAGUUUUACAGCUCACUAAGGGUGGUGGGUGUGUCUGCCGUUCUGGGCACCGGCUUUGAUGAACUUAUGGUGCAGAUCACCAGUGCUGCAGAAGAAUAUGAAAGGGAGUAUCGUCCUGAAUACGAACGUCUGAAGAAAUCACUGGCCAGUGCACAGAGUGAACAGAAGAGGGAACAGCUGGAGCGCCUUCGGAGAGAGAUGGGUUCUGUGUCCUUGGAUGCAGGGACUGCCAAAGACAGCGUAUCUCCUGUGCUGGACCCUUCUGACUUGAUCCUGACUCGAGGAAACUUGGAUGAAGAGGAUGAGGACGCCAACAGUGAUACUGAUGACAUUGAUCACAGAGUUACAGAGGAAAGCCAUGAAGAGCCAGCAUUUCAGAAUUUUAUGCAAGAAUCAAUGGCACAGUACUGGAAGAGAAACAACAAAUAAACUUUUACGGAAUUUCACUUGUUUCCAGAAGUCCCGUAUUGUGGACCUCCAUGUGAAUAAACUGUCCUUAACUCUGACUGGGGGAUAUGAUGAGCAUUUCUAUUGUGGGGGAUUUAGGGAGUUGUACCAUGGUAGAGCAUUUGCGUAGCAUGCAUGAGGCCCUGGGUUUGACCCCUAGCACUGUAAAAAAUAUUUUCUUCUUCAGAAUAGUAGUUUCUCUUAGGGAAACCUCGUGACUCAGAUGAAGUCAGGGAAAGAAGAUUCCUGGAGCAAGCAAGUAGAUGCCAUUUCUGCCUUGGCCUUUCCCUUGUAUUUGUGCAAGGAAGGAUAUAUUGACUGCUCUCGGAAACUGAUACUCUUCAGCUCCAAACUUCAGGUUUUAUCAUUUAAACUCAAGUACUCCUGCUGCUUAUGGAAUAUGGACAACUUACUGGUCUGAUGACUACUUCAGAUCCUGACUAUAAGGCUGGAUCCACAGCAUCUACUCUCAGCACUGUGCCCUUGACCUGAGCUGCUCUCUUAGCACAAAGGGAGAGGGGAAACAGAAGUUUGUCCAGAGGGGCAGGAGAGUCUCCUUGGCAUCCAGUCUGCGUUGGUAUGAAAUGUGCAUCACCCUGGGUAGCUCAUCAUUGAACACCAGGUUUGCUGAAGAAAGGGCAAAGUGAUUUCUGAAUAAGAAUCCUGUUUAAAUGGUGAUCCGGAUAAAGAGGUUUUAAUUGUAACUUUGUUAUAAGGCUGGCUAUAAUGAUUUCAAAUGAAAAAGUUACAUAAUCACAAAUAGAGUCACUGUCUUCAACAGAGGCCUAAAGUUACGUCCAAACCUGUUUUACUAAGGUGGUGAUGUGGACCAGUUUCCCAGGUACAGACACCUGGUAACCAGGCAGAGCCAAGCCUGGUUUGUAUUUGAUACUUUGCACUAACUUCAGAGUAUCAUUGGUGUUUUAUUCAAAUGCCCCGGGUUUUCAUUAGCUGCCCAUUCUGUACAUCACAGCCAUCGUAAGGGUUUGCCCUGGCUGUCUGUGCUUCAGCUCAGCGGUUGUCAGAGCUUGCUGUUGGAACCAGAAGCACUAGUACUAGUGGGGAAAUUGUUAAAUACACCUCGCAAAACCUACUGAAUCAGAAACUGCAGUUGGGGUCUGGCAGCCUGUUUUAACAAGCCCGCUAGGUGACUAGCACACACUGGUUUGAGAAACAGUGCUUCAACUCAGAACCCUAUGACAUCUUUCCAGCCGGGUAAAUUGGGUACCAACCCUCAAAUAACUAAAUGACUUCCUUUAGCAGCAUACCCUGAUCUUGACCAUCUGUGGCUGUUCCUCAGUGUAUUAUUAUUUACAUUUUUUGAGAUGGGGUCUUGUUAUAUAUUCAGGCUGGCCUGGAAUUCAUGGCAAUCCUGCCUCAGCCUCCCAAGUGCUGGGAUUAGAUACGUGCCGUGUGCCUGGUGUAUUCCCCAAUUUAAACUUUCCAAAGUAAUAAAUGUAUUUUACUAUGAA